GUUGACAGGGGGCAGGGACUCGAACGCAGCCGUGGGUGAUGCUUUGUGAUUGUUUCUGUGAAAACCAAAACCUCCUUCUGCUGUAGCUCCUCCAGGCAGGUCACUAUGGCUCUCUUCGCCCGAGCGUCCAUCCUCGACCUGUCAGAUGAUGUCCUCCUGCUCAUAUUCUCGUAUCUGAAGGCCCGUGACCUCAUGAGUCUCAUAGAGACUUGUGAACGAUUCAGCAAAGUUGCCAGUGAUAAGUCGUUGUGGACGGAAGGGGACUUUAGUGGGAGAUGUCUCUCUCUGCAGCAGCUAAAGAGGUGCCUUGUAUACUUGCGAGCAACAACUCGUCGCCUGAUACUCCGGGGCCACAAGAAGAAGUAUGCUGGAACACCUAAAUGGAAGACACCACUCAUCAGUGCAAGUCUUCUAAAGGCCAUUGGAGAGAAAUGCCCAAAUUUAGAGGAACUAACAAUUAGUGAAGCUUAUAUUGAUGCCACCAAACUAAAGGUUAAUGAUUUUAUGCCUGUGAAAUCUAUCACAAAAUUUUGUAUUGUAGAUUGUGAGUUUGUGAACCUCCCACCACAAUUACGGGAAGGAUCAUAUUUCAAACGGACACACAAAAUCCUACCCCGGCUUGAGUGUUUAAAAAUCACAAAGUGUGGAUGGGUAGAUGAUUAUGAUGUGAUGGUGUUAAGUAAAGUAGACACCCUCAAGAGACUUGUAUUAAGAAAUCUACCAAGAGUUGGUCGAGCAAUGGCAUACAUUGCCCUUGGGUUUAGGUUUGGUUUUCAGAAUUUAGAGGAACUGGAUUUAAGAGGCACAAGUUUAGAGGAUAAUGAAGUGAUGUCAGUUGUACAGAAUGGGAAGUUAAGGGCACUGUACCUGGGCCCAAUGGGACCAGUUAAACGGCUUCCAGAAGAACCCCCAGGAGGCCACAACCUUAUCAUGCCUGACCCACGUUGGCAGGAAGAGCGACAGCAGGUGGUAGUUAUUAAUGUAGGACCAAAUGGACCUCAGUGGAGACAAGUGAAUGAUGAGGAACUAGAUGGGAUGGGUCUGCAGUGGGUACGUGAUGCUCCUGUUGUCCAGCGCAACCGAGCAGAAGAGGAGGAUGAGGACAGACACUACUUUAUUGGCAGAGAUGGUAGGCCUGUAGAGCAUGAAGAAAAUAACGAUGAGGAUGCAGAUGAAAAUGAUAAUGAACGAAAUGGUGUUGCUCAAGCAGAAGAAGGAAGACAACAGAUUCCUCAGGGAAACCAGAUGGGGACAAAUAACCAGCAGGGAAAUAAUGAUCAGCAGAGAGAAGAAGAUAGUCGAGAUGAAGAGGAAGAAGAAGCUGAGUCUUGUAAAGAUAAACAAGAGGAGGAGGAGGAGGAGGAAGAUGAAGAAGAAUUAGAAGAUGAAUUAGGAGACGAUUACUGUGACCAUAGGGAAGAUGCAGAUGAAGAAUUGUGCUCUGAACCAUAUCAGCUUCCAGAUGAAGGUUUAUCAGACAAGUUGGUGUAUGCUUUUGGCCAGAAGACAAAAUUCCUUCAUACACUAGUGCUGUCAGGGUGUGCAAUAACAGAUUUUGGACUACAGGAAAUAAUUCGCCUGGUUCCUUCAUUGAAAGUGCUUGAUGUUACCAACACGAAAGUGACAAGUAGUGGAGUACAGGAGGCCAGAGUUGCCAGGCCUGAUUGUAUGAUAUUAGGAGGGGGAACGAGAGUAGUGCGGCAGCAAAACAACAGAUGAUGCUGACUGUAGCUUAUUGGAGAUUUGUGUUGAUCAGGUAGACUCUAGCUAUAUACAUAUAUUAUUUUGCCUUUUAAGUAAAGGAAAUAAUAUUCUGUGGCAUCACUGAAGAAGUGUUAGAGGCAAGAGGAGACAAACGAUGCAGCAGGCAGUGGUUUAUGUGAGAUUUAUGUGAGAAAUUAGAUGAGGCUUUAAAAAACAAUUGUGAUUAUUUCUGUUCUAAGAUGUCAUUGAAAGCAUAGUGAGAGAAACACAGCUUUUCCAGGUGUGUUGGUAGAAUUCACGCACAGGAUCAUACAGUAUUUUAUAGAUUUAUAGAAUAGGUAUAUUUAUAAACUGUAUUAGAAUCUGCUAAUGCAUAAAAAAUUAGCUCCAGUGACUCUAUGGAAAUCAUUUAUGAAUAAACUCUGUUGAAUUAAGUGUGUAUGACAAAUUUGACCAUUAUAUGUUCCUGUAUUUUAUGUAUGCAAAUUUUGUCUGUCAAAUGCAGCAUCAGUCAGGAAUCUUAGCAACUAUUUAAGACUAUUCUUCAAUCAGUGUAAGUGAAAGCUGCCAUAUGUAUAGUAUUUUUUUAGAAUGUCAGUACAGAACCUUCGUAAUCAUAAAUUUGGCUCUUUAAGGAAAGCAUCCGUUUCCAUGAUAGUUAGUAGUCAGGGCAGGUUUAAUGGGCAUAGUAUAGUUCAUCUCUUGUUCUCAUCAUGUAGAGCUAAUCCAAGAAUUGCAAGUUGGCCUAAUGUUGCAUAGACUGGAACUAGAUUUACAUGGGAGUGUACUUCCUAAUCUCUGUGAAGCUGCAACCAAGUGUCAGCAUAGUGCAUUUCACCUUUCUUAUUGUAUUCAUACAUGGCAGUGUCAUAUACUGAAGAACUGGAUGGAGUUCGAAAACAGAAAAAAAAACUUGUAAAACAACAAAAAAAGUGCAUACAUUUUUCUCUAGUGUCUUUCUGUGAGGGAAAUCAUCAUCAUCUUCUUCAAGGUUGUCGUCAGCCUCAUCACCAUCCUCGUCCUCUUCAUUGUUAUUUUGUUAUUAUUAUUAUUGAUGUUGUUAUUAUUAUUAUUAUUAUUAUUA